AUGCCCCAUAUCCCGUGCCCGAUCCAGAUUCGCGAGUCGUUCCGCCUGCGUCGCAUCAUGCAGACCAUCCUCUCCCUUGGCAACGCCCUCAACCAAGGCACAGCUCGCGGUGCUGCCGUGGGGUUCAAGCUGGACAGCCUCCUCAAGCUCACGGACACCAAGACACGCAACAGCAAGAUGACUCUCCUCAACUACCUUGCUAAGGUGCUGGAGACGAAGCUGCCAGAGAUAGCCAAGUUCCCAUCUGACCUUCCUUCGUUGGAGAAAGCUCACAAGGUGCAAGUGAAGCAGCUAGCGGAGGACAUGCGGCAGCUGACCAACGACAUGGUCAUGGCAGAGAAGGAGCUCACUGCAUGCGGCUCCGAUGGGCCCUGCGCUGAGGGCUUCAGGAAGGCACUGGGCGCGUUUCUGGAGGAGGCAGCAUCAGAUGCCAGGCAACUGUCAGCACUCUAUGCUGAAACUAGCCGCAGUGCAGAGGCUCUGUCGAAAUACUUUGGCGAAGAUCCCGCCAAGUGCCCUUUUGAACACGUGACUCUGAUUCUCUUCAACUUCAUGCAGAACUACAAGAAGGCAGUGGAAGACAACAACAAGCAGAUAGAGGCGGAGAGGAAGAGGCUAGAGAGGGAGCUCAAGGCACAGCACAAGGCGGAAAGAGCGCUGCGCCACCCCACCACACCCCGACGAAGCGGCAGCAGCAGCAACGGCAGGAACAACAGCAUCGGCGGUCCGAACGGCACUGCCACCACGCCCCGUAGAACCCCGGGAACGCCCAGAGCAGGCAGCACGGGGGGCGCACGUACCCCCCGGGGAGCAGCAGGCAGUGGUGCUGCUGCUGCCCCUGGUUCUGCCGGCGCGCCACGCACUCCCAGAGCCAGCAGCAGCAGCAGCAGCUUUAAGAGGAGCACGUCUACGAGCAGCAAUGGGGAUGGGCGCAGUGGGUCGUUUCGUAGGAGCUCCUCUUCUGCCACCUCUUCUGUGGACUCUCCUGCUACUCCCGGAUCUGCUUCUGCUUCUGCUACCGGUUCUGCUUCUGCUGCUGGUCGUGCUGGGUGUCAGGAGGGCUCUAGGGCAAGUCCAGAGGCGCUGAGUGAUUCUGCUGCUGGUGCUGCUGAAGGGACAGAGAAACGGGGGACGUCGAGUCCGGAAGGGCCAGCAGGAGCUUCGGUGGGCCUGCGAAGGCCAGACGACUUGUGUGAGGGCAACGGUGGCUGUCGGGAAAGCGGCAGUGAGAAUGGAGGAAGCAGAGGGAGUAGAGGAGUUGGGCCUGCUAGCAGUAAGGAGGUGGGACAAGGAGGGAAGACUCCUAGAUCUGGGUCGUUCAGAAGGAGCUCUGGGGAGGAGAGUGUGGGGCAGCCUGGGACGGGACCGGGACGAGGCAGUCAGAGUUGA